ACGCACGUCCGUCUGUGAAAUAAUCAAUUUACGCACAUUUGUGUUGUGACUUGUGAAUAAGUGCUGUGAGUGUGGUUUUAAAAACGGAAUGUGAAAAUGUAAGUUUUGAUACGAAUCUUCAUUGCGCCAGAAGAAUGAGUAAAGGGCUCUAGAGAUGGCGGUGGGUCUGCUGUUUGGAGUAUUAGGUGCCCUUGCUCUAGUCACAAGGACUGGUUGUACAGACAACACGAAUGGCCUGACCGACAUGCAGGAUGGGUACAGUGACGUGGAGCUCGGCCUGGCGCAGAGAGGUCCCUACUUCGACGUGGCGUACUCUAAAAAUGUCACUGCUUUAGUGGGGAAGACAGCACAACUUAAUUGUAGGGUCCAUAAUCUUGGGAACAGAACGGUAUCAUGGAUAAGGCACCGUGAUAUCCACCUCCUAACAUCCGGGCGGAUGACGUAUACCUCUGACCAGAGGUUCAUCAGUGUUCACAACCCUCACACGGAGGAUUGGAUACUAAAAGUAAGAUUCCCACAAAGAAGAGAUUCUGGGAUCUACGAGUGCCAAGUGGGCACCACUCCUCCUAUUGGUCAUCGGAUGUACCUCUCUGUUGUGGAGCCACUCACAACCAUCCUCGGAGGACCAGAGCUGUUCAUAAACACCGAAAGCACGAUCAAUCUAACCUGUGUGGUGCAGCACUCGCCGGAACCGCCACCAGCAAUACGGUGGACGCAUAAUGAUGAGGAAAUAAACUACGACUCCCCUCGCGGUGGGGUGUCCGUGAUCACCGAGAAGGGAGAGAUGACCACCUCCCACCUCCUGGUGCAGAAGGCGAGAGGCUCUGACUCAGGACGGUAUACCUGCGCACCAGCCAACGCCAACCCUAGAUCUGUUCUCGUCCAUGUACUUAGUGGAGAGCACCCAGCAGCAAUGCAGCAUGGGGGUCAGUUGCGCCUGCAGUACCCGCUGUCGGCAGCCCUACUCAGCGUCAUUGUAGCCCUUAUGGGUUGCUAGUACUCGAAUAGACUAACAUUUUUAAUUUUAGGGCUGGCACAAUAGAUCGAGACCAUUUUUUGUAGAGAAAAUUGACAUUGAAAUAUUAGCUUAUUUUUCAGCCCAUUUGUAUUUGGUUUUAUUUUAGGAUUAAUAUAUAAUUUAAACCAGGGUUAGUAAGCGUUUUAUAUAAUCGAACUAUUUGUAAUAUCUUCGCCAUUUUAAAGUUAUGUAUGAUAAUAUGACCAAUUAGUUUGUUCAUUAAUAAAAAUAUUUAAAAAUAUCGAUGUACGAAUACGAACGAAUACGAAUAAAAGGUAGAUACAUAAUUUCAUAAAUUAUAGUAUUUAAGAUUACUAAAGAUAAAGAAUUAUGAAAAUGGUAUAUUAUAUUAUGCUUCAUUUAUUAUACUUUCAGAACCUUUGAAAGAAAAAGUUUAAAAGUGAACACUUCCUAUUUUAAAUACUACGGUCAUUAAAAGCAACCUUGAAACCUUUCAAUUGGUCCUUCAAGCCGGAUACGGCAAACGAAAUACAAUUACUUACAGUUUCAAAAUUCGAAUUGUAAUAACCAAUAACAACACACUUCAACAGAUCCCCAGACAAUACCACAACAUGACUAACAAUCCAACUAAGAUAUGUCAUGUAAAUUGAAGUUCUGUCACGAGAUUUGUAUUCCCAAACCACUAGUUUUGCUUGCUAUAAUUUAGUCAAUGUAUUCUAGGCUUGCUACAAUUUAGUCAACGUAUUCUAGAGAUAUGUUACAAUUUUGAAGAUUUAAUUUUAAUAUACACGAAGUUCUAACUUCAAGAGAGUUGAAUAUGAGAUAAAAUAAAAUGUACAGGUCCGUUUGUACGGUGGUUUGUAAAGUUAGCAUCUCUGGGGAUAUUAUACAAAUAAGAACGACUUUGUUGGUAGAGGUCGAUGACACGCUUUGAGUAAAAGAGAAUUAUUAGAACUUUAUCUCUCUAGAACUUAUUUCGCCUUUAAAAUUAAGGCGAAUUUUGACCAACUUCUAAAAAAAUAGCAAGAUCAAGUUAACUAUAUUUUUUUGAGUUGGUAACCCCAUAAGUUUCGGCUAGAUGAACCGAUUUUGAUGAUUCUUUUUUAUUUAAAAGCCGUCCUGAUAUUUGUUUAUUGUAUUUCUUCAUUUAAUUUUUUUCCACUGCUCACCUCUUCCAGGCGGUUUAGUUUCUUGUCAAAAAGAAUUAUAUGAUUCGUCAUCCAUUUGUCAUUGGGUUUUAUACAAGAGUUACAAAUCUAUCAGGCCAAGGCCACCUUUCUGUGAAUGUGGCGUCACGCAGAUGUCCCACUCUGAUGCGAAUCGAGAGCUUUUCUGAGUCGGCUCUUGACAUAUUGUUCACAAUUUUUAUUUCUUAUUGUAAUAUUUUAGGUCAAGUGAUUACUGCGCUGUUUUUUGAUGGAAGAUAUUCGAAUGUGGCUAUUAUUUCAAAUGUUUAUUCUAUAUAAGUCCAUUGCUCAUAUAGAUCAUUUGAAUGUGGCUAUGAUGACAUAAGAGUUCAUUGUUUAGUCAUAAUUUAAGAAGAUUAUUUCACUUAGUUUGUCCAUUAUUUAAUGUUACUUUAAUUAUAUACCUAAUAUUAAUCUAUUUCAAGCUUUAGUUAACAAGGUAUUUUCAAAUUCACAAACCCACACACAUCGACACUUUUAUAUAUAUUUAAAAUUUAAAAAGUUAAGAACGUAUAAAAUCUUAAUGGUGAUUUGUGAAUAUAUUAAAAAAUGGCGAAGAUAUUAUUUAAUUAAACAAUUAAUUUUGAUGUGCAUGGAUGAUGGUGUUAAUACAUUUGUAAAUAAUAAAUUAAGUUGUAGUGUAAUUAAUUAAAAUUGUAAUUGUAAAUUGUAUUGACGAAUGGGAAUAUGUUGAAUUUAGAAUUAACGUAAACUAUGAUUCCGAUCAUACAGAUUGUAAGUUCUCUUAAGACUCGGGUCAAACCAAAUAUGAGCGUGUGGGCAGAGUACACGUGUCAGAAGUGAAACUUCUUUGGCAUGAUUCAAGGAUACCUACCAAGCUUUAUUCCAUGACAUGAAUAAGGAAACAACAAAGUUACUUUCCUGGAAGAUAAAAUAAUUUCCUCGAACGUGUCAAAUCUUCCGUUUCAUUGGACAAAAAAUGAAAUGAAAUCCAAUUAAGAUUUGCCUUCAAUCCCCUAGUAAAACGUUACUUAAUAAUAAACCGCAAUACUUCAAUAUAUAAAAGUGAUGAAACUGUAUAGCCGAUACAUUUAAAUACUUACGAUGAUGCUUUUCCGUGCGUAUUCCAUUACUCCUCACAAUGAAGCAGACACAACACUCCCAUACAAAGCCAUCAACGUAUUUGUGUCGCUGGAAAAAAUCGUUUUUCACCCAAUUGAUUUUUAAAACGAUAUUCGAAACCUUUCAAGUAAAUUGUCCCGUUUUGAGAACAAAUGGACGGAUUUGGUUAAGUCAUCAGAAAUUUACGAAUUUAAUUUUCAAGGCGGAAUCAAAUUUUCGUUUGAUUUGAGAAUACUUUUUUAAAAUGAACAAUGGCGCCGUUCUUUUUGAAAAUUUUUAGAAUAACUUAAAUUCUCAUUUCUUUUCCUAUGAGUUCAGUGGUUAGCGCAUUACCUAAAUGAACUAUAUUUUUAACUCAGUUUGACUCUCAGUGGAGACUAAUACUGCCUAUAUAUUAUUAUCUAGAAUAUUAGGCAUAAUAUCGUAGGUACCCUACAACCAAAUUAUAAGUAAAGACUACAUUUUAAAACUAUGGUAAAAAAAUCUAUACAUUCAUCCUUUGCAUAGGGCUGUCCCUAUUGUCUCUUUCCUUACGCAAACUUUUUAAAAACGUGCAAAGGGCUGGUCCUAUAAUAAAUUAGGUUUGUCCACGACUUCGCGUGGGAGUAAGUAAAUUGCGUUUUUCCCUCGUAAUUUGCAACAUUUUUCAUUGAUGCUACGUGGUGGUAACUUGAUGUCAUUUGUUAUAUAGACUUCUCCCCCGGCUCUGCCCGGAUAGUUCUUUUAUUUAUCGUAAAAUAAAAUAAACUAUUAUUUUUUUAAAGUCUUAUUAGAUCGAGUCCUUUUAGAGUCCAUAGUUUAUGUGAAUUAAGAUAGCCUUCCUCGUCAAAUGAAACAUAGAAAAUACCUUUGGAUCUUGAGAAAUAAAACCAAAGACCUUACGUAUAGUACUAACUAUUUUACCAAAGAAACAGCUACCAUGAUUCACAAAAAUCAGUUUAUUUAUGUAAAUAUAUUACUCGAGAUAUUCAACAAUUUCCAUUUGUCAAUACAAUAUUUUCACGCAUUUAUUAAAAUAGAUUUAGACCAUGUUACAUUAAAGUUCUUAAAGCAUACAAUGUACGAGUAAUUAAAUUAUUUAAGCUAAUUAAGAUUGUAAUUAUCAUGCAAAUGUUUGAGUUUUACGUUAAAUUACGGUUGUGUAAAUAAUAUCGAGGAUGGAAAGAUGAAAUACUGUAAAUCUUUACUUAUUACCUUUUUUUUUAAGUGGGGAAAUCUUCCAAAGAUACCCAUGGCCUCCGGGGUAGGAGCCGUGGGUUAUGUCGGAUUCUUAACGACUAAAACCCCACUGUGUUCCGUCGAGCCGCUUUAAUGAUGGGGCCGCUGGUAUUGGUUGGAAUUCUUCCGCGACCAUGCAAUUAUUACCUACUUAAAUAUAAAAAGUUCUCAGUUUUUUUGAUAGACUUAAAAAUGUCGUUAUAUAGAAUGUUCUGCAAGCUUGCUUAUAAAUAACUAUUAACUACAAUAAUGUUUCAGGAAAUAUUUAAACGAUUAAUGUAUAAGUUAAUAAUUUAAUUCUGUAUUAGUCUAUUAUGUAUAUUUGUAACAGUAUUUUACCUUUCCCAUAGCG